GCCUGGUUUCCCUUGCCCCUCCCUCUCCCCAGCCCGAUCCUCCCGCCGGCUCCCCCUCCCCCGAUCCCUCGGGUCCCGGGAUGGGGGGGCGGUGAGGCAGGAACAGCCCCCGCCCCCAUGGCUGCCCGUCGGAGCCUGAGGCAGAGGGGGCGCACGGGGGAGCCGGGCACCGCCCUGCUGGCCCCACUCAUGCUGGGCCUGGGCCUGGCGCUGGCCUGCCUUGGCCUCCUGCUGGCCGUGGUCAGCCUGGGGGGCCGGGCAUCGUCAUCUGCUCAGCAGGAGCCUGCCCAGGGGGAGCUGGUAGCAGAAGAGGACCAGGACCCUCUGGAACUGAAUUCCCAGUCGGAGGAGGGCCAGGACCCUGUGCCUUUCCUGAAUCAGCUGGUUCGGCCUCGCCGAAGUGCAUCUAAAGGCCGGAAAACACGGGCUCGCAGAGUGGUUGCAGCCCACUAUGAAGUUCACCCACAGCCUGGACAGGAUGGAGCACAAGCAGGUGUGGACGGGACGGUGAGUGGCUGGGAGGAGGCCAAGAUCAACAGCUCCAACCCGCUGCGCUAUGACGGCCGGAGCGGGGCAUUCACAGUCACCCGGGCUGGGCUCUACUACCUGUACUGCCAGGUGCACUUUGACGAGGGAAAGGCUGUCUACCUGAAGCUGGACCUGCUCGUGGACGACACGCUGGCCCUGCGAUGCCUGGAAGAGUUCUCUGCCACUGCGAGUUCCCACGGGUCUCAGCUCCGUCUCUGCCAGGUGUCUGGGCUGUUGCCCCUGCGGCCUGGGUCCUCCCUACGGAUCCGAACCCUCCCCUGGGCCCAUCUCAAGGCUGCCCCUUUCCUUACCUACUUUGGACUCUUCCAAGUUCACUGAGGGGCCCUGGUCUCGCAGUGGUUUUCCCAGGCUGCUGGCUCCCCACAACAACUCUCUGAGCACCCCAGUCCCCUUGGCCCCACCCCAAGCUGCUCCUCCCCUCAGACUUGCCUCUCCCUGGGUACGUUGCCAGGGCUUGUUCACGUGUUUUCCAUGCAACAUAAAUAUUCCCAUUCGUCUCUGAAGAGCCCUCCCCCCCCCACCUCUGGUUCUCCACCUCGCUAGCUCCCAAACCCCUGAUCUUCGACACCCCCAUUUAUCUCCUGGCUCCCCACCCUGGCUGCCACCCCCCGGUACACUGUUUACUAUACUCUGGGUGAGGAUGGGUCCCCAUACCCCUCUCAGGCACUAGGAGAAGCUGGAUACCAGAGAGACUGGGACGAGGCCAAGAGUCUCCGAUGUGAGGGCUAAGGGACCAAGACAAGUUCCUCCCCUGAAAGUUCCCUGUGGAUUUUUAAAACAGAUUAUUUUUAUUAUUAUUGUGACAAAAUGUUGAUAAGUAGAAAUUAAAGAGAAUAAGUCAC